GACAAAAAUUCUCACGCGCUGGACACCAUCUGUCGGAAGACGCUUUGGUGAUGGCAGACCAAGAACUAGAUGGGAAGACGACAUACGAAAUCACUGAAAAAUGCACUUGCACAACCGCUGUAGACACCUAUCCAGUAUGUACCAUGAAAAAGAAGUCGACGAAGAUGAAGAAGAACUUUGAAGAUCAAGAUUUCAUCGCACACCUGCUUUACCUUUUUUAGUAUCAUGAUUGAACAUUUUUCUUUUGAGAAAUCAAAUCACCACGUUGACUAGAGGAGAUGAACUUAUUUCAUAGCUACUCAUACAUUUGAUUUUGUUUACACUCUACUGGAAGAACUGCAGCCACUUGAUUUGCAUUGUGUAUGGUGCAUCCCCUAAAAUUAU